CAUAACCUCAAACGCAAUGCAAUGGUGUACACAACGUUUGUUGUCAAACAAUAAAAAACUUUCUAACUGAAACGCAGUUGACAUCGUAACGAAACAUUACUCAAACAUAACGCAUUACUCUUAUAAUCGAAUUUAAAAAUAAAAGUAAAAAUGGAUGUUGAAUUUGCGCCGCAGUGCAUAUAUAUCGGAUCCAAUAAAGUCAAACCAAAAGGAAAUAUUCAAUUCACAACAAAAGAAAUCCGAAUGGUUCUACAAGACUCGACCACCAAAUCGAUCGAAAGCAUUCAAAUACCUAUUAAUUUCGUCGUCAAAUGCAUCUAUCACAUGGAAAUCAAAAUAAUAUUAAUGAUUUACGUUCGUCCAACUUAUGGCCAAAUGGUUUGCGAACGAAUGCACAUAAAACCAGCCACACAUUCCGAAAAUCCGUAUAACAAUGUGCUUAUUAUGGAAACUGAAUCAUCUGAUGCUGUUUGUAAAGCAAUCAAAGAACUAUUUUAUUUUUGCGAUGAGAUUUCACAUGAUGAGAUUGAAAAGAUGACAAAUAAGAUAAAAUCGCGCAAACGUAAAAUAAGUGAUCGUGACCCGGACAAUUGUCUUCAAUAUCCACCAACUGGUAGUGGACGACUUUCAAUAUAUGUCAAUGACUAUGCAUCUUUGGCAUGCGAUGAAUAUUUGAAUGACAAUAUUGUCAACUAUUACAUUCGAUAUUUAACGUGUGAAGUUUUGACCGAUGAACAGAAAAAAGUCACACACAUUUUUGAUUCAUUUUUUUAUCAAGUGCUAACGAACACACCGUCCACCGAUCGGAAGAAUUCGAAAAAAGAAAAACUUGCACGCCUUGACAGAUGGACCAAAAAUAUAAACAUCUUUGAUAUGGAUUUUAUCGUCGUGCCAAUUAAUCAGAGUAAACAUUGGUAUUUGGCAAUUAUAUGCUUUGCCGGACUCGGGGAAGCAAAUGCAAAAUCGACUGUCAAAUAUGGUAAACGUCGAAAGACGUCCAAUGGUGGCACUGAAAGCGAUACGGAUGAAUCAUCAACAGAAAUCGUCAAAAAGCCAUGCAUUUUGAUAUUUGACUCAUUAUCGGGUGGACGAUACAAGGAGACCACAGUACUUCGCGAGUUCCUGAAUUUAGAAUAUAAGAAGAAGGUCAAUAGUGAUGGCACAUUUAAAUUUGAUUCUAUCAAUAUACCUGGUCACGUCGUUAAAGUUCCACGUCAAGAAAAUACAUCGGAUUGUGGACUUUUCAUGUUACAUUACAUUGAACAAUUUUUCACGACUUCUGCAAUCAAGAAAUUCGAGUUUCCAAUAAAAAAUUUGGAAAAUUGGUUUGAACCUUCAGCGGCAGCACGAAAGCGUCGCGAUAUUGCUGAUCUCAUUAAACGCCAUAUGAGUGACGAUAUUGAAAACAGUUUUUCGAUGAUUAACUUACCGGACAUUCAAUUGCCCUCAUAAGAUGAUAAUCCAAUCCCAUCACAUACUUUUGAUCAUCGAUUUAUUUUAUACUAAUAUUAAACUAUUUAUUAUUAAGUGAUUUUUUCUUCUUCAAAUUUUACUUUGAUUGAAGCGGUGUGAUAAACGGAAUAAAAUUGAACAACUUGUUUUUUCUAUAA